UGCGGGCUCAAAGCCCUGUCCGGGGGCGGUGCGGAAGUGACACGGUGUUAUGGCGGAAGUGACGCAACGCUAUGGCGGAGGCGCCGGGCGCACCGGAGGAGUGCCCCGGGACCGGCAGCGCCCAGGCGGGCAGGGCGGCCGCCUGCCAGGGAUGCCCCAACCAGGGGCUGUGCGCGGCCGGCGCGGCCGGGCCGGACCCGGCGGAGGCGGCGGAGCUGCGGGCGCGGCUGCGGGCGGUGCGGCACACGGUGCUGGUGCUGUCCGGCAAGGGCGGCGUGGGCAAGAGCACCUUCAGCGCGCUCCUGGCGCACGGGCUGGCGGCGGACGAGACCAAGCAGGUUGCUCUUCUGGAUAUAGAUAUCUGCGGGCCAUCGAUUCCUAAAAUGAUGGGUCUAGAAGGAGAACAGGUUCAUCAGAGUGGAUCUGGAUGGUCUCCAGUGUAUGUUGAAGAAAACUUAGGUGUUAUGUCAGUGGGGUUCUUGCUUAGUAGUCCUGAUGAUGCUGUCAUCUGGAGAGGACCAAAAAAGAAUGGGCUGAUCAAGCAGUUUCUGCGUGAUGUGGACUGGGGUGAAGUGGAUUACCUGAUCGUGGACACGCCCCCAGGAACAUCAGAUGAGCACCUGUCCAUCGUGCAGUACCUCAGUGCCACCCACAUCGACGGCGCUGUCAUUGUCACCACCCCCCAGGAAGUGUCACUUCAGGAUGUUCGGAAGGAGAUCAACUUCUGCCGCAAGGUGAAGCUGCCCAUCAUCGGUGUGGUAGAGAACAUGAGUGGCUUUGUGUGUCCCAAGUGUAAGAAUGAAUCUCAGAUUUUUCCCCCGACUACUGGUGGUGCAGAGAAGAUGUGCCAGAACUUAAGUGUUUCUCUCCUGGGUAAAGUGCCUCUGGAUCCACAGAUAGGAAAGAGUUGUGACAGAGGCCAGUCUUUCUUGGCCGAAGCACCCGAGUCUCCAGCUACAUUGUCUUACAGGAAGAUCAUUCAAAGAAUUCAGGAAUACUGUGAACAACACCAUUUGCAAGAAGAAAAGAUAAUGUAAUCUGUAAACGGAACAAAAAUGUAGUUCAUUUUUGUUCAUUCAUAAUUACAGAAAAGCAACGUACGCCUUGAUUUAUUAAAGGAAUGCAUUCUUUUUGUAUAUUGCAAAUAAAUUCUUAAUAUAAAGGCCUUUGUUUUUUCCAAAAGUUCAA